UUCAAAUCUGUGCGUGACCUUGACAGACAAUGGCACGGCAUGACCUUUAGUUACCGGCUGAUGGAAUCACGUGAUCCCAGGAACUGUUUACGGUCAGUUCAACUAGAGAACGCCAGCAGUACAGUAAAACUCAGCAGUUUUCACACAGACCUGCUAUACGCAUUGUGACGUGACCAUGCCGUCCUACAAAUUACAUUAUUUUAACAGUCGAGGUUUUGGCGAGCAAAUCAGAGUACUAUUCGCUUUAGCCGGCGUCGAAUACGAAGACAUCAGAUACACGCAAGAAGAAUGGCCAGCAGUCAAAGCAACGGGAAAGUUUCCAUUUGGCACGGUUCCUUGUUUAGAAGUGGACGGAGUAAUGUUGGCCCAGUCAAACGCCAUUGCCCGUUACUUGGCCAACGAGUAUGGAUUUGCUGGCAAGAAUAACCUGGAGAAAGCCAAAGUUGACAUGAUUGUUGAUGCCUUUGGAGAUUUAUUCAAAAUGGCAAUUAAAUGGUAUUAUGCAGCAGAUGAAGACGCGAAGGCAGCUGCUAUCGAAGAGUUCAAAACCAAAACAUGUCCAGCAAUUUAUGGAGGGUUAGAGAAAAUUCUCGUAGCGAACAAUGGAGGAGAUGGAUACUACGUGGGAAAUGAGGUGACAUUAGCAGACACUACGCUUAUUAUGGCGGAAGACAUUACAAAGAGGAUGAAUCCCCAAGUAUUAGACAACUAUCCAAAACAGAAGGCUCUAACGGAACGGGUCCUAGCAUUGCCAAAAAUUGCAGAUUGGAUAAGGAAGAGACCACAGACUGAUCACUAAUUAUUGUAAAGACAGUCUUUCAGGGAUUCAAGUAUAUCAUUCAUGUAUUGUGGCGUUGUCUUGGAAAUAAAGAUCAAAGAUACCCAGUCA